GUUGUCUUCCUCUUCCCCCAACCUUCAAAUUUCUCUCCCCAUUCUCUAAUAAGUAAACUCGUAACCUUUAAUCAAAGGCUUUACAAGCAUCAUCACGGCAACAAACCCUUGAAUCCGAAAUUGAGUUUGUGAAAUUUGGAUAAUCGAGAAUGAAAGGGGGUUUGCUUGUGGACGAUGAAUUCAUACAAAGAGAAGAGAAGAACCUGACUGUUCGCAAAACUUCUCUCUUUUUCGCCGGAGAUGGUUUCACGGUUUACGACUGCAAGGGCACUUUGGUCUUUCGGGUGGACUCAUACGGUGGUCCCAACACCCGCGACACCGACGAGGUUGUCCUCAUGGACGCUCACGGUCGUUGUCUCCUCACCCUCCGACGAAAGAGGCCGAGUUUGCGACGGAGAUGGGAAGGGUAUCUCGGGGAGAGAUCGGAGGGGCAGAAAGCGAUCUUCGGGGUGAGGAGAUCGUCGAUAAUCGGGAGGAACGGCGUGACGGUGGAGGUGUACGGGGAGUACCAGUGCAGCGAGUACCUGAUCGAAGGUAAUUUCGGGCAGAGGAGCUGCACGGUGGUGGAGGCGGAGACGAGGCGGAAGGUCGCUGAGAUUCGGCGCAAAGUGGAUGCGUCAACGAACGUGAUGCUUGGGAAAGACGUUUUCUCUUUGAACGUUAAACCCGGCUUUGAUGGAGCCUUUGCCAUGGGACUGGUCCUUGUGCUUGAUCAGAUCUACGGCGACGAUUUCGUUGAGGUUGGUGAAGAGCAGGUGCACCCUUCCGCAGAAGAUCCCUGAUUUCUUUUUUUCUCCUCUUUUUUUUUUGGUGGGAAGCAAAACCGAGUGGAAAGAAUAAUUAUUAAUCUAGUUGUGAGUUUCUGUCGGCUUGAAAGAAACGAUUUCGACAAA